CUGGGACCUCAGUCUUAAAUAAACAGACUGUCUCACUCCUAUUUCAUCACAAGCUCUUUUCACAGAAUGAGAAUCAAUGGAAUAAAUCGCUUUCAUAGACGUUGGAAAAAGCCAUUUUUAACAGCAGGAUAUUAGUUGGGUAAGUGUUUUCAAUUUAAAUUAUAUCAGGCAAGCCUACAGCUAUUCAAUGUUUAUUUAUUUAUUUAUAAAAUAUUUUACCAGGAAAGGUACAUUGAGAUUUCUCUCGUUUUUAAGUAUGUCCUGGGUUUUUCCAAGUAUGUCUCACCAUCCAUUUCAUCCUAUUCUUUUCUGACAUCCCUUCAUCACAUAUCUUACUUUAAUUAAUGUUUGAAAUGUAAAAGACAAAGGACUUGGAACAAGGAGAUGAAAUAUCUACUAAAAACAAAGGUGGAUAUGACCAGAACAUAUAGGAAAUUUUAGAAAGAGACAUGAUGGGGAUUUAAAAUAAUUGUUAUAAAAUAUAUGAAGAAGAGGCAAUAUUAUGUAAUGUAUGUGUUGAAAGAGAGAGACAGAGUGUGUGUGUGUGUGUGUGUGUGUGUGUGUGUGUGUGUGUCAGUAGUUGAGAGAGAGAAAAAGAUAGCGAUAGGUUUGUGAAUGGAAUAUGAGAACAAGUGAAAACUAAUUAAAAAGAAUAGUAAAAUAGAGGAGUAUGAGAGGGGGAGUAUGAAAGAGAAACAUUAAAUCUCUAAAGUACUAAAAGUGGACAACCACCACGAAAAGCACUGAAUCACCAGGCACGUUUCAUUGGUGUCUCCUAUCCUUUUACAUUUUUUGCACCACUUUUUAGAACAUAGCAGUAUGGUAUGAGGCAAAUGUGGAUAGGAUAGUAAGAAGAGUGUGAACAUAAAAUAAAGAUUAACAAUUUGUGUACGUAACAUGGUGGAAAUAAGUAAAUGGGCAGUCUAAACACCAUAACUAUCUAUGGCCCAACCUCCCCACCCCCACAACAUACUGUUAAUGUAGAAGUUUCACUUCUUCUUUAUUAGCAAUAUCAAUUUCAGCCAUAUUGUGAUGGCAAAGAUAAACUAAGCCCAGUAGGUGAUGUCCUGUGCAAAAUUGAUUUUGCUAAUUCAGAAUUAGCAAUAAUGAGAGUGAGGGUCUAAGGUUGCCCAAAAAUGGCUUGACCAAGAAUUGGGGUACAGCGAUGUCAUCCCAAGUGCACCAUAACCACUGCAAUGGCAUGUAGAACUUAUGUUGAAAGAUCAAAGUCAGAUAAAUGUGAACAAGAUGAAAAGAUAAGUAGGAUCGAGGAGAGGAAGAAGGAAAAAAUGAAUGAUUUUGGUAUUAUAGAGAGAACUGAAUGGGUUAGGUAUUUGGAAGAAGCGAAAGCAAACAACACUUGAAUGUAAUUAAGAGAGGAUCUGAGAGGGAAUAAAAAAUUGGGUAAGGUGGUUGACAUACAAAGGGUUAUUUGCAAAAAAUUGAAUUAUCAAAAUUUAAACGCAAUUUCAAAGUGAAUUUCAAAAGUUAAGCAAAAAUAGUUCAAUUAAAACACUUCUCCAAGUCAAUUAUCUUGGCAUUUAAGCAAUUUUGUCCUUAAAUAUGAAAUGUACUUUGAAUUCCUGGAAAUCUCAAUUUAGUUAAUAACCCUGCUAGUUGUUGGUCUGUGGAAUAUAUACGCCAAAAAGAGAAAUUUGAGAAAGGCGGAGGAGAGGAAGAAUCGUGUGACAUUUUUGCAUGAGACGAAAGGUGGUAGACAGAGGCAAUUGGGCGAGAGGGGUAUUUUGAUCAAAAAAGUGAAUUGCAGCACAAAAUAAAUAAUUCAUUGAUAUAUGUGUAAAAGAUAAAAAUAUCAUUGAGAGUACAUGGGGAACAAAUAGGAUUGCAAGGAUUGUAAGAGGGAAGGAAUGAGUGAGCCAUGUAAGAUGAAAAGAUGUAAGUGAGGGCUAUGCUUUGUAAAGAUGUGAUGGUGUUUGCAUUGCUGAAAGGUUGUGAAUGAGGAGAGAAUAGUCUAUACUUGCAUCCAUAAACAAGUUUAACUGCAUAUUAAAAUUAAAAUCACUGCUUUUAAGAUAUCAAAAUGUGCGAGUGGUAUAUAGCACAUGAGGGAGAGAUAUUGGCUGUGAGAGCUCCCUUUGUAGGGUUAAAUUCUUGAAUUCACUCAUUCUCAUUUAGCAUUAGAUAGACCCACAAAGGUUCUUCACCCCGUAAUAUAAACACAACUGACCCCUUAGGACUUUACCAGGAUGUGGCCCCUUUCCCAUGCCUGUGUAGUGUCCCCUUAUCUUAUAGCUGUCAGUCUUCCUUUCAUUUCUCAAUCUUUAUCUUUACUAAAUCCAUACAGAAUUUGAGAAGGAGGCUGACAAUGGUAGCAUUCUAUUUAUAUUUUAGAUACAGUGUUCAUUAAUGUGAAUGGUGACAGCUUAUUUACAUGAGUAGGGUUGGCAGACCCUAUCCUCCAGGUUUUCUGCAUGUCUAUACCAGGACACUCUGCCCAUUCAGUAAUCCCAAAGAUCUCACCCCCUAUUCAUACCCGAAAAUGUAGUGUGGCAGAAAUGUAGUGUUUUCCAGCAAAAAAGUGUUAUCCCACCCAUUAAUGUUAUUACGAUUCAACUAACAGUGUUUUCAUAAAGCAGACAACUGCUGCUGUAAAGAAAGAGAAACCCACACUCAAUGUCUGCACUGUCUCAAAAACCCAGUAACUCUGCUACCUGUUCUAGCCUGCCGUGCUGUCAUGGGUUGAUUGGACUUGGGCUUAUGGGCCAGCACAUUAAUCAGCCCCAGGGGCAUAUACAACCGCAUUGCUAUGGAUGACAACAUUGGCUGGCUGUACUGCAUCCACACAUUAUGUUGGUUAAAAUAGAAAAGAAAAAUAGAAGCCCUCGGAUUUUCCACUGAAAUCAUCUAACCAUAGAGUAAAAUGAGUUUACGUGAAAUGUGAUAGUUAUAACCACACGGAACCUCGGCCAAGACCAAACUCUGGGGUUUUGGCUUAAUUUCCACUUGUCAGCAAAAAUCUCCACUUCCUCUCCUUUUUGCCUUUCUUUUGGGUCUACUAAGGACUGGAAUGAAAUCUUUGAAUCAUAUAGAAAUGAAAAUAUGUGUAUUGCCUUGCCUUGAAUUAAGGUGCACAUGUGCCUUUGGCAUAGAAGUAAUUAAAAGCAAGCCAGCAUAUAUCAGUUAUUAUAAAUAUCCGACAAGCUGUUAUGGGUAUAUGGCAAUCCAGGAAGUAAUGUAUUUGUGCUGCAAUUUUUUAGAGGAGUCGAUUUACUAAAUUGGGAAUUGUGAAUGACUGACAUGGCAAGCACAAUACUCAAACAUUACAUCCCAACAUUGAGAUUUAUAUAAUCGGAAUGGGUUGGCCUUCCAAGAGACAUCUCUGGCAAUACCCACCGAAGCAUACCCAAGAAGCGAGUGGGGAGCAUGUCAUCCUGGCAUAAAAAAUGCCAUGCUGACAUGCAACCUCCCAGCCAGCUCCAUAUGUGCAGGACCAUGCAUAAAACGCUACUAAAGCACUCUCUGCACCUGGACCGGUGCACUGGUUUUUGGCUAUACAGGCAAAGAUGCAUUUUGCCGCUUCCUGCAAAAAAUAAUGUGUCUUCACCUGUGUGUAUCUUAAAGCCCCUUUUGAAUUUCUUACCCCUUUUUGAAAUUCUUACCCUCUCUUCUUUUUCUUAUUAGCUCUUUUCAUUGUUUUAACCCUUUUAGUGUAUCUUAUGUGCCUUGUGUGCCUCUUAAAAAAUCCACUUUGUGUAUCUCAUACUUCCUCCCAGUCACUUUGUAUGUCUUCUCCCAGUUCCUUUGUGUCUCUCUUUCUCCACUUCUGCAGCUACUCUGUAUGCCUCUUUCCUCAAGCCCCCUUUGUGUGUCAUUUCACCCCAGCUCCUUUUUGUGCCCCAUGUCCUCUUUUUCCGCGCUUCUGUGUCUUGUCCUCAGCCCGCUGUCUCUCUUUCUCUGCCCAGCCUCUCUUUUGUCUCUUUCUGUCCAUCCACAGCUAAUACACUUGCACUGUGCUGCCCGAACACAGUUUCAGAUGCCAGGGAACUAAAUUGGGAUGGUGGGGCCGGACCACGAAAGUGGGAUUGUUGGAGCCAUGCUCUGACUACUGUUUUGGCCUAACAUUUGUGAUUUACUCAUAAAUCCCUCACAAUCCCAGCAACCCUGGUUUAGUAAAUAAACCCCAGAUAAUUUAAUAAUCUUGUGUUUUCUGAACAAGUGUGAACCCAUCAUUUCUAAACAAGGACUGUACUCUCUGUUCGCCGUGCAGUCAAGCAAAAAAAUUGACUCUGGCACUAUUCCAUUGUCAUUUGUCAACUUACUUGGUGUAACGGAUGUCCUAUACUCCGACUGAGUAUAUCUGUUGUGAUUCUCCCAUUUCCCAAGCGAAGCAGUGAUUAGAGCUCUUGGUUACCCAAACAUCAGCUGAGACUUGAUUAAAGGUAUAACAGGAUCUGUUUAUGGAAGGCCAGAUACACAGUGUUUAUGCACAGACCCCCACAGGGGAUCUCCAUCCACAGUAAUGUAAAACAUAAGCAUGCCCCGGCGUCACUUUGUCUCUGAGAUAAUGGUAUCUCCCAGGCACAGGAAGCCAACAGACAAAAACCCACAAAAUACACAGUACACAGUAAUGCAUCCCCACAUGCUCUACAUCCCUGGAGAGCUCCUGGUCUGAGUGAUCGGAUGUACAGAGCCUGAGAAAGCAUCGUGUAAAGUCUGGGCUCAAGGCUCUGUACACAACCGAAAACAGUUCCACAAGAUCACUUGGUUUAAGCCGGUAAAAGCGGCGGCCAUCAGGAGAAAUGGCGCGAACACGUAGCGGCCAAUGAGCAUUCAGGGAGGGAAGGUGUUUUGCUCGACUUGCUUAGGGUUCCUGUGAGGUCUACAGUUACCCGGUGAAAGGGUUUGUCCACUAUAGGUAGGGACCUUAAUUUUGCUUUGGGUGGUCUCCUCUCUUCUCUACCUGCUGACAGGUAUCACAGGUUCUGCAAUAUUCUUGUAGGUCACGCGACUCUGGGCCAGAAGAAUGCUUGUGUGAGCUGGUAAGAGGUUUUCCGAUUGCCUAAAUGCCCUGCUAGGGGAAUAUUGUGGCUAAGCUGUAGUAGCUUUGCCCGGUAUUUCUGCGGCACUACCAGCUGUCUUUUGGAAACCUUGGUGGACCCCUCUUAGUCCCUGCUGUUGCCCAGUAUAGUAGGUCUUCCACCCACUCGAACCGUUCCUUCCUUAACCCCUCUGCCCCAGUCGCUGCUAGCCUGCGGUACCCGGCUAACGUAGGGUCUACCCUAAGUUCCUUCCUGAAAUCCUGGUGUGUGUCCCAACCCGGGGGAAUGUGGUCAGUCAGGGACGGGGUGUUUUGCCUUACCUGCAGUUCCUCAGAGUGCUAAAGUUCGGCGUUCCGGGCUUGUCAUCGGGUGGUCACAGGGCAUGCCGUCACUGGUGGGGCCAGUGUAAACUGAGAGGUGAGGUCCCCUAAAUCGUUUCCCAAGAGCACCUCCGCCGGCAAUUCUUGCAUGAUGCCGAUGUCCGUGUAUUUAGCUCCAUUGCUCCAGUUAAGGUGCAUCCAGGCAGUCGGGAUGCGGUGGAUGGCUCCGCCGGCAACUCUAACGGCCACAGUCCGGCCGGUCUUUGCCGUGGGGCUAACCCAGUGAGGCUGUACUAGGCUCAAGAAGGCCCCUGUGUCUCUUAGCCCAUGAGCCUCCUUCCUGAUGAUUUUGAGAACCUGCCUAUGCUGGUCACGGUUGUCCUCGGCAGCUUGUACCGGGUCCAACUCAUGAAGCAUGGGCCAAAUUUCCUUGAUGGCAACUGGAUCACCCCCAGACUGGUCUUCCUUUGCACAGUGGCCCGCGGCUCGGGGCCGGUUACAUGGGGUUUCGUGCUACUCCGUCUGGCUUCGCUGUUUUCACCCGUGGCAUAGAGGGGGGGCGCGCAACGUGCUCUACUGCGGUAGCCGUGGGGGGGUUGUGCGGAGGGCCGGGAGUUAUAAGGUUGGGGUUGAGGUGGCGGGGUGUGGGGUGUGGGGUGUGGGUCGGGUCAUGAGGCCGAGGGACAGAAUGACCUGAAUGUCCUGCAACUCAUCAGCCAGCCGGGCAUCCUGCACUGUGAGGGGUUUCCGGUCCUUGACCCAGUCUUGGACCUCCGGUGUGAUGAGGUCAAAAAAUUGUUCUAAGAGGAUCAGUUGGAUGGCAUCCUCCAACGUUACUACUUGGCACCCUUGUAACCAGUUAUGGGCUGUCCAUUGCAUACGGAAGGCAAACUCCGUGAAUGAGUCCUGGUGCCCUUUCCGUACAUCUCGGAACUUCCCCUGGUGGGCCUCUGGGGUCACAGCAUACCGGGCUAGCAGUUUUUCUUGCCUACUUCAAAGAGCACUCUCCCUGGUGCUACCCACGUGGAGAUUUCCACAAGUGAGAGGUGCGAGCCCUAGCCAACACUAUGAAACUAGAAGGCGGCUUCACAACUGCAGAGACCUGCCGACCAAUGGGAGAACCAUGAAAAUUAGUUUUGCGUGCUUUAUCCCGAGGGCUGGGCUGGGACAAAGGGGUUGCGGGGAGCGGGAGGGUUGCACUCUUUUGGGGGACACAGUCAUAUUGACACAGUUUGUUGCACUUGGGUUUCAUCAAGACCACAUACCCUGCUCUUCAUAUUCUCCUUUACAGUUAGGUGUACUGAGCUAGGCAGGGCUAUGCAGGCCCACACUUUUUGUUUAAGAACAUGGGCUGAGGACUUUCAUCAACUGUGAGAGACUGGGACGUCUCCAUGGCACUCAUGGCGCCAUAACUACUACAGCGGGCUGUAGUGAUAAUGGUACUUGGAGUGUUCCUUUAAAAGACAAUAGUGUCUAAAGGAUGCAGUUGGUAGCAAAAAUGUUUGCAAAACCUUUUAUGAUAACCAACUGUUAUUCUGUUUGAUCAUGUAGUGGCUGAGGCUUUUCUGAGAGUGUUUGGAACCAAAGCCGUUUGCUUUGUGUUUGUUCCAAAUUAAUGUAACACAUUCUCUUAUAGUGCACUCAUACAUACUAUAUAUCAUUUUUAAAGGAUAUAUAGUUUUUUAAAAUCUAAUAUCCUAUAUGCAUGCAUAGCACAACAUUAAUCAUUAAUAAACUCUUCACAGUUUUUCACAGAAUUUCUACACAGUUAGUGAAAUAAAAUAAAAAUAACUCAAAAUAGAUUCACUUUCUAGUCCUGAUCAUUAAAAUGCGCAGUGCACAGUAUGUCUAGGAUUUCACAUUUUUGAGAGAAUAGUGGUUUUCAAAACUAAACCUUUGCAAAAUUUGGUCUGUUGAGACUAUAACCUAUUAUAAUUGUAGUCAUAAAAUCCCAAACUUCUACACAAAAGCAUGCAUUUGUAGAAGGUAGACCCCCCUAAAGAAUUUAAUUUAAGCAGCACUAUCACCAUCGGUGGGCUUUGCCGAAUUCAGCAUUCCCCGAUGGUGAGAUCACCGCUGGUGGUUUGGUGGCUGUGGGGGGGCUGUUAAGGGUAAAAUUACUUAUCUGAACCUUUCCAGCGCGGGUGCUGCUGUCUUGAUUGCACUGCUACUCUUCAACACCAGGAUCCAGCAUCACUACUGCACUUUAACGCAUGAGGUCUAUAGACUAACCCCUGGGUUCCUUCAUAGAUCCAGUUUACUUUGUCUCUGUAUAUCUCUUGACAGGAUUGGGAUUUCAGUGAAAUUCCAACACAGUCAUAAUGAGUAUUUCAUAAAGAUUCUAUCUUAAUGAAAUACUCUUUUUUUUUUUUAGGUGGGGUUGACAGUGACACUUGAAGAGCAUUUGCCAUUUCUUUUCAUUUAACCCCUUAAGACCGGAGGGCGUACUAUUACGCCCUAUUCUAAGCGGCUCUAAACGCCGGUCUUUCGGUACUUACCCGGUCGCCGGCGAUCCCACGCCAGCGAUCGCGGUGGGGUGGACUCCCAGGGAGCCCCCCGCGGCACGUCCGUCCUCCUCGAAGCCCCUCUGCCGUGUGAGAGUGGGGUCCUUGCGAGGAUCCCACAAUCACAUGGCCGGGGGUAGCUGGCAGCAGCAUUGCCAGCAGGGGGACUGCCUGUAAUGACAGGUGGUCCCCCUGCUGGCUUAAAAUAAAAUAAAUAAAUAGUGUAAAAAAAUAAUAAUUUAAAAUUAGAUCAUAUAUAUAUUAUAUAUAUAUAUGAUCUAAGUACAUAUAUAUACACAUAUACAUACACACACGUACACCGUCUAGGUGUAUUUUACUAUUAAUAUAUAUAUAUAUAUAUAUAUAUAUAUUAAUAUCAAAUUACACGUAGACUGAUACUGAUUAAAUAUAUAUAUAAUUAUUGUUAUAUAUAUAUUUAUAUAUAAUAUAAAAAAAAUAAAAAUGUAAAUACGUUAAAAAAUAAAAUUAAAAAAAUAAUUGAAAAUAAAUAAUUAAAAAAUAUGUAGAUGUGUGUUAUUUCAUUCUAACUGUAUUGUGAAAUUAAUAUAUAUAUAUAUCAAAAUACACGUAGAACGAAAUAAUAUAUAUAUCUAUAUACAUAAAUAUAUACGUAUAUAUCACUAUAUAUAUACCUAUAUAUAAAUAAAAAUAUUUUAAAAAAAUUAUAUAUAUAUAUAUAUAUAUAUAUAUAUAUAUACAUAUAUAUUCACAUACGUAUAUAUAAACAUAUAUUAAUUCUACAUAUAUUUAUGUAAUAUUUUUACAUAAUUGGGUAUCUUAAUUAAUUACAAUUAGCGGGACCUGCCUGACAACCCAUGCCGAAAGUAAAGGGAAUUUAAUUUGCUAGCACUAUAUUUAACCCUAUAACUUUCCAAGACACCACAAAACCUGUACAUGGGGGGUACUGUUCUACUCGGGGGACUUCAUUGAACACAAAUAUUAGUGUUUCAAAACAGUAAAAUGUAUUACAACGAUGAUAUCGCCAGUAAAAGUGAAGUUUUUUUGCAUUUUUCACGCACAAACAGCAUUACACGGACAAUAUUAUUGCUGUGAUACCUUUUACUGUUUUGAAACACAAAUAUGUGUUCAGCGAAGUCUCCCGAGUACAACAGUACCCCUCAUGUACAGGUUUUAUGGUGUUUUCAAAAGUUACAGCAUCAAAUAUAAGGCUUGCGUUUCAUUUUUUUCACAUUAAAAUUCGCCAGAUUGGUUACUUUGCCUUUGAGACCCUAUGGUAGCCCAAGAAUGAAAAUUACCCCUAUGAUGGCAUACCAUUUACAAUAGUAGACAACCCAAGGUAUUGCAAACAGGGUAUGUCCAGUCUUUUUUAGUAGCCACUUAGUCACAAACACUGGCCAAAAUUGGCGCUUUUUGCAUUUUUCACACACAAACAAAUACUAACGCUAACUUUGGCCAGUGUUUGUGACCAAAUGGCUACUAAAAAAGACUGGACAUACCCCAUUUGCAAUACCUUGGGUUGUCUACUAUUGCAAAUGGUAUGCCAUUAUGGGUGUAAAUUUCAUUCCUGGGCUACUAUAAAGUCCCAAAGGCAAUGUAACCAAUCUGGCGAAUUUCAAUUUCAAAUGUAACGUGCUAUAUUUGACCCUGUAACUUCCCAAAACGCUAUAAAACCUGUACAUAGGGGGUACUGUCUUACACGUGAGACUUUACUGAAUACAAAUAUGUGUAUUUUAUUGCAGUAAAAGCAAACAGUAUUAUGACACUGACCGUUAAAAUGUCAUGUAGAACUAAAAAAAUAAAAAUAAAUCGUAUUUUCUCCCAUUUUUUCAUAUUAAAUUAUGUUUCAUAGCUAAAUAUUUGAUAUUAAAUGAAAGCCCUGUUUCCCCUGAAUAAAAUGAUAUAUAAUAAGGGUGGGUGCAUUUACUAUGAAAGAGGUGAAUUACGGUUGGACAGACAUGUAGCGCAAAUGCCAGGUUUUGUUUACAUUUUGUUUUGUUCACAACGUGUACAUUUGGCUCCGUCCUUAAGGGGUUAACUAUUAUAUCAAAAACAUCUGCCAGUUCUGCUGGUUAUAUUUAAUCCCUCAUGUUUUUCACACAUGAUUAAUUUCACAGACAGGGAAUUUCACAGACAGUGUUUGUAAAACUACUGCAAAACCCCAUGUUUGCAUUUCUGAUCUUGAGCACAACAAUACCCACCAUGUAGACCUUUCCCAGUUAAAAAAUGUCUUUGAGGAAGAAAGGAUUCUGAAAAAGGUUUAUUUUUUAUUUUGCAUGUUCAGUUUUAUCUUACAGAAAUCUGCAGAGAUCUUUAAAGACCACUUGCUGAAUUGUCCAUUUCAAAAUGACCUUUCAUGGCCUUCUGUAUAUGAUUGUCAUGCCUUGUUUCUGCCUAUCACAAUUAUCAAGUAGUGAACAUUCAUUGAACAAUAAUACCAGUCGACCCAAGUGCACCUAUACCUUUGUGGUUCCACAGCAGAAGAUAACUGGGGCUAUAUGUGUGAGCACAGCAAGAUUUCCUGAAGCAUUUGGAGCAAAUAGAAGUGAGGUACAGGAGCUGAAAGAAGAAUUAAGUCGUCAGCAAACAGAGAUUAAGGAGCUGAAAAAGCUUGUGGAAGUGGACCAUGAUGUGGCCACAGAAAUGGAGCAACUACGUAAAGAAAGCAGGAGCAUGGGGUCCCGUCUUAGUCACCUCCAAACUCAGCUGCUCCAUGAAGUCAUCCUACGGAAAAAUGAGUCUACAGAAAUAAUACAGGGUGAAAACAGAGGAAUCAAUGCCACCUCUGAAGUUCUCAAGUUGGCUUCUAAAUACAGGGACCUCCAAGAGAAAUAUAAUUUCCUGGCUUCUGUAAUCAACAACCAGAGCUUGACCAUAGCACGUUUGGAAGAACAAUGUCUCCAAAACCUUGUUCGCCACCAAGCAGACCAGGUACAUUGAUUUUUUUUAUUUUUAUUUUUUUUUUGGCAUAGGAAGGGAAAAAUAAAAUUAAAUUAAGUAAUGUCAUUUGAUGAAUCUCCACAUUAGACGUAAACACACAUCACUUGAUAUGAAAUUAACAAGGUUUAUUUACCAAAAUAUAGUAGGAAAUUGCUUUUACUCAAAUAAUAAGCUAGAGCAAAUAUCAUAUAAGGUAAACAGGCAUUAAAAAUAAUCAAUAGUACUGGUGGAAUAUUCAUAUUAAAGGACCACUAUAGUGCCAGGAAAACAUACUCGUUUUCCUGGCACUAUAGUGCCCUGAGGGUGCCCCCACCCUUAGGGACCCCCUCCCGCCCGGCUCUGGAAGGGGGAAAGGGGUUAAAUCUUACCUUUUUCCAGCGCUGGGCGGGGAGCUCUCCUCCUCCGAUCCUCCUCUUCUCUUCCCCGUCAGCUGAAUGCGCACGCGCAGCAAGAGCUGCGCGCGCAUUCAGCCGGUCACAUAGGAAAGCAUUCAUAAUGCUUUCCUACGGACGCUGGCGUGCUCUCACUGUGAAAAUCACAGUGAGAAGCACGCAAGCGCCUCUAGCGGCUGUCAAUGAGACAGCCGCUAGAGUAAAUAGGGGAAGGCUUAACCCAUUAAUAAACAUAGCAGUUUCUCUGAAACUGCUAUGUUUAUGGAAAAAUGGGUUAAUCCUAGCUGGACCAGGCACCCAGACCACUUCAUUAAGCUGAAGUGGUCUGGGUGCCUAGAGUGGUCCUUUAAUGUGUGUUUAAACACCUCAAAAAAGUAUUCAUAUUAUAAAUGGUUUGUCUUUAAUGUACUGUAUAGAACAGGUCCAAUUUAACAGAUUCCAUAAACCAAUACCUGUGAGUGAUCAGCAAUCCAAGGAGUCUCAUUGAUAGUCCACACAUCCCACCAUGCAAGUAAUGGCAAGUAAAGAAAUAGCAUAAGUAUUUAAUCUGGUUAGUGAACGUGGAAUGCAAAACUAACAGUUUUAUUCACUAAAGGGAGAAUGGUUGAGCAAUCAACAUGAAUUCAAAGUGAAUUUAAAAUUUAGGACCAAAAUAGCCAAAUUUGACAAAAAUACUCCAAUUCUGGUAUGCUUCCAGUUCAGUGAUAUUGACCUUGGAUUUGAAAUUGACUUUGAUUUCACUACGAGUUCCCAAGAUUCUAAUUUUAAUGAAUAACCCUGUAAAAGUAAAUACUAAGAAUUUUGCAGUUGGUAUUGACUGCACUGAAUGAUCUGAACUACAAAGGACCCAGUAGAAGGAGAGGACACCCACAGAGACAUGUAGUAAGGAUAUCACUGCCUUUUUGUAUUUUUACUGUUUGUCUAAAACCAGGUUGUUACUGAAAGCAGCUCACUCAGUGCUGUCAGUGGCUGAGCUGUGUACAUACAUUGCUAAGGAAAUGUAUCUGGAAUGAGAGAGUGUGGCUAAGAUGUGUUUGUAUCUGUGUGUCAGUGUGUGCAUGUGCCAGUAUGUGUGUGUAUCUGUGUGUGCAUUUGUCAGUAUGUGUGUCUGUGUGUGUGUAUUUGUGUCAGUAUGUGUGUCUGUGUGUGUAUUUGUGAUUUUCAGUGUACAUGUGUCAGUAUGUAUAUCUGUGUGUCAGUAUGUGCAUGUGUCAGUAUAUGUGUGUUAGUGUGUGCAUGUGUCAGUAUGUGUUUUUGUUUAUCUGUGUGUGUAUAUGUCAGGGUGUCUGCAUGUGUCAGUGUGUGUCUGUGUCUAUGUGUUUGUAUCUGUGUGUGUGUGUGUGUAUCUAUGUUUUUAUAUAUAUGUAUCUGUGUGUUAAUGUGUGUGUGUGUGUAUGUAUGUAUGUAUGUGGCAGUGUAUGUGUGUGUGUGCAUGCAUCCAAGAAGUCAAACACCAGCACAACAUACAAACACACUUCUGCAAGCUAACACAAAUAUCACAUACAAAUACACCCCUGCAUUCAAACUCCAACAUUAUAUACAAACACACCCCUUCAUUCAAACACCAAUACUACACACAAACGUACAUUCGCAUUUAAAAGGCAAAGCACACCCUGGCAAUCAAAUGCAAACAUUUCUUACACACACUCCCUUGUAUUAAUACACCUAGAUUAUAUACAAGCACCCCUUGCAUUCAAACACUACACACAAAUACCCCACUGCAUUCAAUGGCAAUAGUACACAUACUAAUACACCCCUACAUGCACAUAAAUUCUAUACAAAAACAUGCUUACAUUGAAGCUCACAAACACUGCUCACGAAUACAACCCUGCAAGGAUGGGCAAAUGGUGGAUCCUCUGAUCUGUUGUACAAUAUGUUGAAGUUGUACGGCAGAUGAGGAUCUACCUUUUGGCCACCCUUGGACUAGAGGAAGGCUCAAAAAAACUUUCUUGCACGAGGGCCCUCCCUACAUUAAUUCUGACACUGAUCACUAUCCAGUGGUGGUUGGUAUUGUGUUUCCUAACUGUGAGUUUGUUUGUAUAAUAAGUGUUUUUAUGCAUUUUCCUUGCUGGUUCUACAUGUUUCUUACAUAUUUGCAGUUGUAUAGGAUUAAAUGGGAUGAUUACUGCCAUGAUUAAAGCACUGUUAUGAGAGUGGCAGAGUUCUUCUAUUUCUACCGAGUACUGGGAAUAGAAUGCUAAAGCAAUUAUAGCCUUUCCCCAAACACCAGUCAAGACUUGGCAAAGAGAUAAAAUAAUAAUGCCUUAUUGGGACAAUAGUCACUUAUUUAUAGGGACAGAACAGGUCAUCAACCUGAACAGUGGGUCACCUCUCUGGCAACUCUGUGUAUGGAGAAUAAUGCAAUUAACAAGGAAAUUAUUUUAUUAACUUUCAGAAAACAGGGCGCCUUACAACAAUAUUCCCAAAAUAAUACCUGUGACAUAACCUCAGUUCUGCCACUAUGAAGAGACUUCCCUUAAGAGGUGUUCUCACACUCCCUGAGGUUCUCCUUCACCUGGCACAGCCCAGAAGAGCACCUGCACUCCAACGAUAGUUUUUUUGUUUUUUUUAUUUAAAAAAACUAUCUUGAUUUGUAAGAAAAUUAGAGGAAACUCUAAAGAAUAAAGACCCUAAGUUGAAUGGUAUUUACUUAUUUAUUUGCUUGUUUCUUUGCUCCCAACUAACAGUGGAUUAUAGUUAUGUUUUGCACAUUGUUUUAUAUGUAGUGAUUCUUAGAAUUACAUUGUUUUCUUUAUUAUUAUUAUUAUUUUAUUAUUUAUAUAGCAUCAUCAGAUUCCGAUUUAUGAACCACAAUGUGCAUUUAGUCUACUUAUGAUACUGGAAGCAACAAACAGUUAUAAAAAAAAAAAAACUUAAAUCCCAAAUCAUAUUUGAUGUAAUAUAUUGUUUCCAGCAAAGCAAUUGAUUGAUUUUAAUAUUUCCAGGAUCCAAUUCACAAACCACCAGCUGAUGGUUCUCCUACUGAUGGAAGAACAAAGCACAACAUUGAGAUUCAGGACGACCAAACCAAAGAUGCAUCUGAUAGAAAGGAGGUACCUUCAACGGAACCAGCCUCCAGUGCUCCUACUGUUAUGACUACAGAGGCCACCGAGUCUUUAGGUACCUGCAGAAUAAUAUUAUUAUAUGUCAACUCAUGAAUAACAGUCUCAAAAUAGUGUAAGUGAAAUAUGUAAAAUCCGAAUCUAACAAAAAAAAAGGAAAUUAUGAAAAAAAAUAUAUAUAUCUAUAUAUACAUAUAUAUAUAUAGAUAGAUAGAUAGAUAGAUAGAUAGAUAUAUCCAUCUAAAACAAACAAAGGUAACAAAAUACUGAUUGGCUUAGAGAGUCGGGUGUCCGCUCUAGCCAAUCAGCGGCGCCCCUGCCAGGUGGCACUCCGCGCUUCCUAAAACUCAAUUUCAGAAGCCAUAUGCCGCCGGGGGAACUGCAGAACUGGCACUGGACUGGAGGCAAUCUUUGGUGUUUGAGUUUAAGCCCCUUUAGGUGGGCGUCCUGGCACCAUAACUUCCUUUUGAUUAAGUUGUUAUGGUGACCAUAGUUUUCCUUUAAUACACUGCACUCCACAGUCUUGAUUAUAUGGUUUGGUCAGUUUAAUGACAGGCAAACUUAAAUCCUUCCACUGCGUUAGUGUACACCACAUCUGGUUUUAAGCUAUGCCUUCAAAUACUUCUAAUAUAGUAUUCUUGAGACUUCAAUCUCCAGUUUAUGCCAUUUUCCUCUAACCAAUCUUUCACUUUUCUAUCCCCUGAUAUAUAUAUAUAUUUAUUUACAUUCCACUCUGCAGGACCAGCUAGUAUUUUCUCAAUCCAAUGCUAGUUAGUAAGAAUUAAAUAUCAAAAGAGGCCAUAUAUCAAAAGGUGCAGAAUAAAGAAAAGAUCCCUGCGUACAAUAUUUAUUGCUGUCACCUCAAAAAAAAAAAGCGAGCCGAACGCCCUCAUGGAUGAAAUGUGGUCAACCAAACAAUUAUUUGUGGUGAAUUAAUUCGGGCAAAUCGAAUUUUGCCACCAUGCACAAUUCUAAUGUAAAAUGUUGAUCAAAGUUGUAUACAUUUUACUAAACAGGAACAUCUCUAAAGCAAAGCACUUCACAUACAGCAAUCACCAUAGAAUAAGUUCCUGCUGCUUUCUCUGGGAUUUGCACUUUGUCUCAGAAUUGCUUACAUUUUGCCAUGAUAAAUAUGACCCAUACAGUUGCAAGAAAAAGUAUGUGAACCCUUUAGAAUGAUAUGGAUUUCUGAACAAAUUGGUCAUAAAAUGUGAUCUGAUCAUCAUCUAAGUCACAACGAUAGACAAUCACAGUCUGCUCAAACUAAUAACACACAAAGAAUGAAAUGUUGCCAUGUUUUUAUUGAACACACCAUGUAAACAUUCACAGUGCAGUCGGAAAAAGUAUGUGAACCCUUGGAUUUAAUAACUGGUUGAACCUCCUUUGGCAGCAAUAACUUCAACCAAAUGUUUCCUGUAGUUACAGAUCAGACAUGCACAACGGGCAGGAGUAAUUUUUGACCAUUCCUCUUUACAGAACUGCAAAAUAUCUUGAUAAACUUGGGAAUUCAUUUUUCCUUCAAUGAUAGCAAUCCAUCCAGGCCCUGACGCAGCAAAGCUGCCCCAAACCAUGAUGCCCCCACCACCAUACUUCACAGUUGGGAUGAGGUUUUGAUGUUGGUGUGCUGUGCCUUUUUUUCACCACACAUAGUGUUGUGUGUUUCUUCCAAACAACUCAACUUUGGUUUCAUCUGUCCACAGAAUAUUUUGCCAGUACUGCUGCGGAACAUCCAGGUGCUCUUGUGCAAACUGUAAAUGUGCAGCAAUGUUUUGUUUGGACAGCAGUGGCUUCCUCUGUGGUAUCCUCCCAUGAAAUCCAUUCUUGUUUAGUGUUUUACGUAUUGUAGAUUCGCUAACAGGGAUGUUAGCAUUUGCCAGUGACUUUUGUAAGUCUUUAGCUGACACUCUAGGAUUCUUCUUCACCUCAUUGAGCAGUCUGCGCUGUGCUCUUGCAGUCAUCUUUACAGGACGGCCACUCCUAGGGAGAGUAGCAGCAGUGCUGAACUUUCUCCAUUUAUAGACAAUUUGUCUUACCGUGGACUGAUGAACUGCAAGGCUUUUAGAGAUACUUUUAUAACCCUUUCCAGCUUUAUGCAAGUCAACAAUUUUUAAUCGUAGGUCUUCUGAGAGCUCUUUUGUGCGAGGCAUCAUUCACAUCAGGCAAUGCUUCUUGUGAAACCCAGAACUGGUGUGUGUUUUUUAUAGGACAGGGCAGCUGUAACCAACACCCUCAAUCUCAUCUCAUUGAUUGGACUCCAGUUGGCUGACAUCUCACUCCAAUUAGCUCUUGGAGAUGUCAUUAGUCUAGGGGUUCGCAUACUUUUUCCACCUGCACUGUGAAUGUUUACAUGGUGUGUUCAUUAAAACAUGGCAACAUUUCAUUCUUUGUGUGUUAUUAGUUUAAGCAGACUGUGAUUGUCUAUUGUUGUGACUUAGAUGAUGAUCAGAUCACAUUUUAUGACCAAUUUGUGCAGAAAUCCAUAUCAUUCCAAAGGGUUCACAUACUUUUUCUUGCAACUGUAUGUGUUUUACUGAUAUUAUCAAGUGAGUGACUGUAGGAUAAGCAUACAUAGAACAGUAGUAUAGAUAGUAAAAUAUUUGGGAGCUUGGAAAAAAUAUAUUUUUAAAAGCAAGUUCUAACUGUUGUGUAACAGGUCCUUGGCUGGAUUGCUAUGAUGUACUCUUAGAUGGGAAGACAUCCAGUGGCAUCUACGUUCUGAAACCAUUAGUCGGAAACCAGGUGAUGCAAGCCUGGUGUGACCAGGAAGUAGCAGAGGGAGGGUGGACAGUCAUCCAAAGAAGACAGGACGGAUCUACCAAUUUCUUCACAACCUGGCAUAACUACAAGGUGAGUCCAUUGCUUAAAGGAACACUAUAGUCACCUAAACAACUUUUGCUUAAUUAAGCCAUUUUAGUGUAUAGAUCAUGCCUCUCGGGUUUCACUGCUCAAUUCUCUGCCAUUUAGGAGUUAAAUCACUUUGUUUCUGUUUAUGCAGCCCUUGCCACACCUCCCCUGGCUCUGAUUGACAAUUUUUUUUGACAAUCAAAAAAAAAAACUGGUUUCACUUUCAAUCAGAUGUAAUUUAUCUCAAAAUUUUUAUCUCUUGCUCUGUAAAUUGAACUUUAGUCACAUACAGGGUCUAGCAAGCUAUUAAGGGGAUACAAAAAUCUAAAUUAAACAGAACUUGCAAUAAAGGAAGGAUAAACUUUAGAUGACUCUUUACAGGAAGUGUUUAUGGAAGGCUGUGCAAGUCACAUGCAAGAAGGUGUGACUAGGGUUCAUAAACAAAGGGAUUUAACUCCUAAAUGGCCGAGAAUUGAGUAUUGAGACUGCAGUGGCAUGUCCUAUACACCAAAACUGCUUCAUUAAGCUAAAGAUGUUUUGGUGAGCCUAGUGUCCAUUUAAUCUGACAUUUGUAUUUUCCACUUUAUCUUUUCUGGCAUUUUCCUUGCCAUGUAGAGAAUAAUAUUAUCCCAGUACAUUAGAAUUCAAAUUCUACAAAUAUUACUUUCCACUGCCACCCAAUACACCUCUCUUGCUCUUUUUUCCUAACUUACCAAUUCAAACGUCACUCUGUCUGUUCUAAUUACCUUCUUUUUUACUCCACAAUUUUACCAUCUAGUCUAUUUCAACACUAUUACUUUCUUUAUAUGUCCAUAUUUCCCUGUACCUACUUUGGCAAUUCUGUGUCAUGCCAGCAUGGAUUUGGCCACUUGGACGGUGAAUAUUGGUUGGGCCUGGAGAACAUUUAUUGGCUAGUCAGCCAAGGGAGUUACAAGCUUUUGAUCCUUAUGGAAGAUUGGCAAGGUCGGACCGUUCAUGCUGAGUAUGACUAUUUUCGCCUGGAACCAGAGAGUGAUUUCUACCGAUUGCGUGUGGGCCUUUAUCGUGGCAAUGCUGGUGAUUCGCUCUCCUGGCAUAAUGCCAAACAAUUUACAACCCUGGAUAAGGACAAGGAUUCUUACACUGGUAAGUCACAUUGCCAAACUAGAUAUUUACUCGUCAACAAUGAGAUGCUGUGUGGUUUUUGCGUUUUUUUUCUCCCAUUGGUGACAUCAUAAUGAGCAAAUGGUAAAAAAGUGAAUGCUUAUGAUUUAAAGGGAUACUAUAGUCACCAGAACAACUAUAGCUUAAUUGAGUUGUUCUGAUUUCAACAGCCUGUCCCUGUAGGUUUUUCAGUGUAAAUGCUGCCUUCUCAGAGAAAAGACAUUAGUGUUUACAAUAGCAUCUGGGGACUGCUGUAGUGGCAGUAACUCAUACAGCCACUAGAGGUGCUUCCUGGGUCAGUACUGCACAAUAUGCAGCACUGAUGUUCAGUAUCUCCAUGCUCUGCAUAGAGGUGCAGAAACGUCCUCAUAGAGAUGCAUUAAUUCAAACUCACCUUCUUAUCCAGAGAAAACUGGGGUCGGGACCUUAACUGUUAUUUUAGAACAAUAGUGUCAGAAAAUGCACGUUUGUAUUCCUGACACUAUAAAUAAAUAAUUGUUGAGUGAUGCAUCUCCCUUUAUAUUGUUGUAUGGUUACAGGGGCAUCUGGCCAUUAGUGAAUAAGACCUUUAGAAUACUUCUCCAAGCUAUAUACAGUCAAUUAUUCAUGGUUAGGGAGUGCUACCGUACCGAAUGGUCAAUAUAAAAUAAAAUAAAAACAUUAAAAGAGAAUGAAGUUAAGAGAAACAAGCUAGAAAUAUACUUUAAAUAAUUAAAUAAAGCAAAGGGAUGGAUGACAAGCAGCCAAUAUUUCAUGCAUAUGGAGGGAUGAAGACUAGAAAGCAACUUUAGAGUUAUUUUAGUGGAUGGGUCCAAUGAAUUAUUAAUGCUGUUUGGUUUCCUAAUUAAAAUUUUGUUUAGUGCAUCUGCCUCAUUCAUUCAGUAUUCUCACACUCAAAAAAGAUGAUUCAUCGUCAUAUUCCGGUUAUUUUCAGUCUGUUUCCCAUGAAUGAUCUUUGUUGAUAUUUAUCUCUAUAUUCCACUGACAGUCUAUGUAAUUACAGGCUCUCCUGUAACCUUUCCUUGUAAGUUUUAUCCUGCAAUCCAUGAACCAGUUUAGUAGCCCUUCUCUGAACUCUCUCCAAAGUAUCAAUAUCCUUCUGGAGAUACGGUCUCCAGUACUGCGUACCAGGGGCGUACUUAGAGCAUUUGGCACCCGAGGCGGAUCCUGUGCUUGGCACCCCCUCGCCCCCUCCAAAAUAAAAAAAACCUGUAAAAAAAAAUGUUAGGCCCUCCUACAAAACCCUUGUCCUGCCCUGCCCCAUCCUACAAAACCCCCGUCCUGCCCCCUUCUACAAAUCCUGUACUGCCCCCGUCUACAAAACCUCCGCAACCCCCUUCCACAAAUCCCCCGCUUAUCCCCCCUUAUAAAGACUCCUGCCCCAAUACAAAACCCCUGCCCCCUUCUACAAACUCCCUGCAGCCCCACACACACAUUUACAGGCAGACAGUCACACACUCAGUUACAGACAGACAGUCACACACUCAGUUACAGGCAGACAGUCACACGCACACAGUCACAGACAGUCAUGCACACAGUUGCAGGCAGACAGUCACAUAUACAUUGACACACACAACAGCAGCAGACAGUCAUAUGCACACAGUCACAGACAGUCACACACGGUUACAGGCAACAUCAAACAGUCACAGGCAGACAGUCACGCAUACAUAGUCACACACACAGUUAUAGGCAGACAGUUACACACACAGUCAGUUACAGGUAGUCACACACAUUCAUAGCCAGACAGUUACGCACAUAGUUACAGACAGUCACAUAUACAGUCACUCACACACAUAGUCACAGGCAGAGAGUUACACACACACACAUACAGGCAGACACACACACACAGUUACAGGCAGACAGUCACAUAUACAUUGACACACACACACGACAGCAGCAGACAGUUUCAUGCUCACAGUCACAGACAGAUAUUCACACACGGUUACAGGCAACAUCAAACAGUCACAGGCAGACAGUCAGGCAGACAGUUACACACACAGUCAGUUACAGGUAGUCACACACAGUCAUAGCCAGACAGUUACACACACAGUCAGUUACAGGUAGUCACAUACAGUCAUAGCCAGACAGUUACACACACAGUUACAGGCAGACAGUCUCACACACACACACACAAACACACAUACACACACAGUUACAGGCAUACAGUUACACACACACACACACACAUACACACACACAUAAAAUUACUGGCAGACAGUUACACACAGACAGUCUCACACACACAGUUACAGGCAGACAGUUACACACACACAUACACACACAAAGUUACAGGCAGACAGUUAUACGCAGACAGUUACACACACAGUUACAGGCAGACAGUUUUACACACACACAGACACACAGUCACACACUCUUACUUACAGGCAGUGGGCUGGAGGAGGACUGGAGUCCUUCUCUGAAGCCUGUGGAGAAGCAGACAUUCCAUCUUGCUGCACCUCCUAACAGCCGGGAUAAGGGCCAUAUUAAGCCCUGCCCCCGCUGCCGGUUUGGCUCCGCCCCUGAUCUCGCUUAGCUCCGCACCCACUUUGCCUCCGUGCUGCCAGGGUAAUGGCACCCCCUACCCUGUUGGCACCCAUGGUGGACCACCCCCUCCGCCCCCCCUUAGUACGCCACUGCUGCGUACAAUACUCCAAGUGAGGCGUGAGCACUUCCCUCUUUCUACUGCUAAUACCUCUCCCUAUACAACCAAGCAUUCUGCUAGCAUUUUCUGCUGCUCUAUUACAUUGUCUGCCUACCUUUAAUCAUCUAAAAGAAUUACUUCUAAAUUCCUUUCCUUAGAUGUUGAGGUUAGGACUCUUUAAAAUAUUCUGUACUCUGCCCUUGGGUUUUUACGUCCAAGAUGCAUUAUCUUGCACUUAUCCACAUUAAAUGUCAGCUGCCACAACUCUGGCUAUUUUUCUAGUUUACCUAAAUCAUUUGUCAUUUGGCUUAUCCCUCCUGGAACAUCAACCCUGUUACAUAUCUUAGUAUCAUCAGCAAAAAGACAUACCUUACCAUCAAGACCUCCUACAAUAUCACUUAAAGAGAAUGGGUCCAAGUACAGAUCCCUGAGGUACCCCACUGGUGACAAGUCCAAGCUUUGAAUAUACUCCAUUGACUACAACCCUCUGUUGCCUGUCACUCAGCCACUGCCUUACCCAUUCCACAAUAUUGUAAUCCUAACUUAAAUAUUGCAGUUUAUUAAUAAGCCUUCUAUGAGCAACAGUGUAAAAUGCCUUACUGAAAUCUAGGUUGGUCUUACCAGGCACCCCUGCUGGCUGCCAUACUUUUCUCAGGCUCCUGACCUCUCCAGGAAUUAUCUUAAUUUUAACCUCAUAAUUCCUCAGAAAUAUUUCAAGGACCAAUAUCAACGCCACAUAUCAUACAACUGGAUUUACCAAAAUUGAACAGAUGGCAUUACUAAACUGAGAUACACAACGGAUUGAAAUAUACUUCCACUGGACAAUCUUACUACCAGGAAGAGAUACCUUCAGCUGAGCACCACAAACAAGGUAUAUUUAAACUAAAAAAACUACUCACCCCAUGUGUAAAUUGGGUUUUGGAUUUGAUCAUCCAUUCAGCAAUGCUCAGAUUUCAUCUCUAAACACCAAGAAAACUAAUUGAUGAAAACUAUUUUACUAAAACACAUUGGUUUUGAACUCCUGUAAUCUGACCUGCAGUGCAUGCUUUCUUAUCUGUUAUCUACAAUGCAGCCUGAAGUGCAAAAUCUCACACCUCACUCUGGCCUGAAUCCUAUAGAGCAUGGCAAUGUACCCAGCCCCCACUUCUAACAUCCCUACAAAAACUAUUUUAACUCCUUCACUGCUGAUUGAAUGAUCACCUAUACUCCCUCAUAUCUGUAUUCCCUAAGACCCCAAAAAGCGGUCGCUGCACUCAGUCCCUCGCUAGUGGUUAUCCUAAAAUCACUUGGCAUCUUCAAAGGGACUGACAGGGGCUGUCGUGGAGGAAAAUCAAAACGUACAGUUCUAUAUCCUCCUGACUCUAUCACAGCCGCUCCACCAUCCUGUCUACCUACAAGCCCAAUUGAAGUGAUUCAACCUAGAAGCCACAAAAAAAACGCACUAUUAAAUCAAGGAACCUGUUUGUGUGAUCCCCAUUAGAAGACACACUGUUUCCAAAGUACAGAGCAAAAACUCAGAAUCCCAAGACUGUCCUAUCAGAUCAAUCCUGUGCAAUGCCAGAUCAAUAAGAAACAAAACAGCUAUUAUUGCCGACCUUAUUGAAUCAUGUGAAUUAGUGUGCAGUACAGAAUCGUGGCUAGAUGAGAAUGCGGGGCCUAUUCUAGAGACAGCUAUUCCAGGCAAUUACACAGUGUUCCACCGCCCAAGACAAGAUCGCAGUUAUGAUCUGUGCAAAAUCAUCCUUAAAUCCCAGACCAAUAGAAGUCCACAAACCCCAAUCUUUUAAAUGCUUAGCUGCUCAAUAGAUUGAGGAUUCUGGAUACUGUUAAUAUACAGACCCCCCAGGAGAUGGGAAGAGAUUUAUUUCAGGAACUCUCAGACCUUUUGGCUGGCUUAAUCCUUGAACACCCCAGAUGGCUUAUAUUGGGAGACUUCAACACUUGGAUUGAUGACACCCUAUCCCUGCUUGGGCAGGAUCUCCUCAGCCUGAUGAGUGCACUUGGCUUCACACAAAUAGUUGCCACUUCCACCCACAGAAAAAGUCAUACACUUGAUCUAGUGUUCCAGUCUGCACUAGAAGUGUCACCAGUAACUGUAAAUCCAGUUAUUUGGUCAGACCGCCACUCCAUUCACUUCUCAAUUGUAUCACAAUCAACCAGACCCCAGCCUCAGAACCUGGUCAAACACCGCUCAUUAAAAGGAGUGAUGCCAUUGGAUGGAACAUCACAUAUAGAUAUAAGUGAACUAAUGUGAAGACCCCAGCUCCUUAGUCCGACUCUACAACAAAACCAUGAGAGACACUCUAGAAAGCAUUGCACCAACACGCAUGUGCACUGUCAAAACCCACAACAAUGCACCGUGGUUUGAUAGCACCAUCAGAGAAUGAAGAGAACAGGCCGUAAACUUGAGAGAAAGUGGCACAGGACACAUGAUCCAGAGGAUGAAGCCGCUCUUACCAAACAUAUAAAUGAAUAUCAAUUCAAGAUAACUCAGAAAAAAUCUUAAUUUUUAUCACUCAAAAUUGCAUUCUCCCACAGUUGACCCAGGCAACUGUUUCGCACAGUAAAAAAGGUUCUGCAAACCAGCAUGCAUGCAUAUCCCCACCAACUUUUCCCAGGAUAAGUGUGAAGCAUUUGCAAUCUUGUUCAGAGACAAGAUUUCCUCAAUCCGAGCCUCUAUCACAGCAGGCCAAACCGCUACACACCAGAACCACUACAAUGGAAUGCCAGAUUGCCCCAGUUUAUGGUCCACUUUUACAAAUGUGUAUAUAAAGGGAGUUAAAAGAACCACGCAAAAGUUACACCCUGCUACGUGUGACUUAGACCCUGUUCCAACUCAGCUUAUAUCUGGAUGCAUUGGAACACUCGCCACAGCCCUCACAAAAAUAGUGCAAUGUUCACUAAAAACUGGAGACUUCCCAGAUCCUCUAAAAGAAGCUGUGCUAAAACCACUUCUAAAGAAACCCUGAUUAGACCCAGACUGCAUGGCUAAUUACAGACCAGUAUCCAACCUUCCAUUUCUGGGGAAAAUAAUUGAAAAAAUAGUGGCAACUCAACUGGAGGCCCAUCUAUCAAGCUUGAACAUAUUUGAUCCUUUCCAGUCAGGCUUCAGAUGCCGCCAGAGCACUGAAACAGUGCUAGUCCGAGUGCUAAAUGAUCUCCUUAUGGCGAGAGACAAAGAUGAUUACUCCAUCCUAAUCCUCUUUGAUCUCUCAGCUGCAUUUGACACCAUUGACCACUGGAUUUUAUUGGAGCACUUGCAGCACAUCUGUUUUCUAGGAGGCACUGUCCUUUACUGGUUUAAAUCUUUCCUCACUGGUAGGUCGCAGAGAAUAAUAUCAUGAUCAAGCUCAUCGGCACCAACAGAACUGAGCUGCAGAGUUCCACAAGGAUCCAUCUUGUCUCCCAUGCUAAUCGCAAUUUACUUGCUACCAGUGGGGGACAUCAUUAGGCGACAUUGUUACGCUGAUGACACACAACUCUACUUCUCCUUUACUCCAGAUACCACAGAUGCAACAGCAUCAACAGUUGCUUAUCAGACCUCAUAGAAUGGAUGAAUGCUAGUUGGCUUAAAGUGAACCCGGACAAAACAGAGUUACUCUUGGUGAGGGGACCCCCAGCAACAGAAAUAUCCCAUGAUCACCCAACUGGCCUGGAGCUUGGAGGCUCUGAACUCAGUUCAUCAAGGGUACGAAAUCUCGGAGUACUGAUUGACUCUAGACUUUCAUUUAAACAGCAGAUUUCCUCCGUAAUAAAAUCUGCCAAAUCUGCCUACUUUCAUCCGAAAAACAUAGCCAGGACACAACACUUAAUUCCACCGGAUGAUUUGCCAACAUUAAUCCAUGCAUUUGUAUCCUCUCGGGUAGAUAACUGUAAUGUACUUUACUUGGUCCUCCCAGAAACGAACUCCAUCGCCUUCAGACAGUACAAAAUGCAGCAGCCAGACUACUGACCAAUCAAACUCGCUCCUGCCACAUAACACCUGUUCUCCACUCCCUGCUUUGGCUUCCAAUUAAAUGGUGAACAUAUUUUAAAAUUGGCCUGCUGACCUUCAAAGCCUUAAACAAUCAAGGCCCACAGUACCUGAAAGAGCUCCUGACAUCCUACAUUCCAUCUCGUUCACUUCGGUCAGCCAGCAAAUCCCACCUGUCAGUGCCAAAAAUAAAGGCAGACUCAGGUUCCAGGGCUGCCCCUACCUUCUGGAACUCUUUACCGUGGACAAUCAGAGAGGCACCAUCCUUGCAGACUUUUUAAAAAAGCUAAGGACCCACCUCUUCCAUCAGGCAUUCAGUCCGCUCAGCUGACCUUCAGAAACUCCUAAAUUUUAUGUCUCUAUGUUUGUUUAUUUGUAAAGUUCUAUGAGUCUCACAGGGAGAAAAGUGCUGUUGGGGGCUGGCAGAAAGCUGUAACUUACCUUUCCUGCAGCUCCUGUCAGCUCCUUUCUCUCUCCUCCGGUCCGGUCAGCUCCACUGUAAGUCUUGCGAGAGCCACGGGGUCAGAGCGUUGCCACGGCACUCAGACCACGAGACUUGCAGUGGAGCUGACCAGACCAGAGGAGAGAGAAGGGAGCUGACAGGAGCUGCGGGAAAGGUAAGUUACAGCUCGCUGCCAGCCCCCCUCCUGCACAGCCAAUGCCACUGGACCACCAGGGAAUGAGAGCCCCCCUCCCUGGCCAUGAAUCAAGCAGGGAGGGGGGACGAAUAAAAAUGUAAAUAAUAAUAAAAUAUUAAUAAUAUUAAAAAAAUAAUAAUAAUAAAAUAAAAAUAUUAAUAAUAUAACAAAAAAAUUAUUAAAAUAAUAAUAAUAAUUAAAAAUAAUAAAAAUGCCCACCCCCCACCAAGGCUCUGCAUAACAUACACAAACACACUCUGCAUCACACACACACACUGCAUUCCUACACACACACAAUGCACUCAUAUACACACACACACUGCACUCAUACAUACACACACACACACUGCAUUCAUGCACACACACACUGCAUUCAUUAUAUACACACACUGUAAAUAAAUAUUCAAUUAAUAUAAUUUUAUAGGGAUCUAAUUUUAUUUAGAAAUUUACCAGUAGCUGCUGCAUUUCCCACCCUAGUCUUAUACUCGAGUCAAUACGUUUUCCCAGUUUUUGGGGGUAAAAUUAGGGGUCUCUACUUAUGUUCGGGUCGACUUAUACUCGAGUAUAUACGGUAUGAAUUCACAGUAAAAUAAGACUGAUUUAUUCCAUAUACAUAUGGCAACACAAUUUUUUUUUGAUUGGAGUCUAAUUACAUUAGUUUCACCCAAGAUGAGGAAUUGUGACUGUAUAUUAAUUUUAUGAAUGCUUAAUUAAACUUUUAGCGCUGACACGUGUAUAUAUAUUUAUAUAUAUAUAUGUACUGAAUAAGCACCUUUAAGUUUUGGUAUGUUUUCAGCUGCUUUUUAUUUUAUAGGAUUUAUACACCAAUCUUUUAACCAAUUUUUAUUAAUAUGGUAAUUUCUAUGUAUUUAUUGUUGUAAAUUUGAUCUAUACUGUGUUAUUUUGAGAUCACAUCUAACCUCUGGUUUAUUUCCCCACAAGGUAACUGUGCUCAUUUCCAAAAGGGAGGAUGGUGGUAUAAUAUGUGUGCUCACUCGAACCUCAACGGGGUGUGGUAUAGGGGUGGCCAUUACCGCAGCCGCUUCCAAGAUGGCGUUUAUUGGGCUGAAUUUCGUGGUGGUGCAUAUUCGCUUAAAAAGGUUUCCAUGUUAGUGAAACCCAAUAAAUAAUUAUUAAAAAAAAAAAAAAUCACCUUUCUAUAGACUUUACAUUCAACAUUCUGUUAUAUAUAAUAAUACUAAGAAACUUCAUUAAAUGCUGCGCUGUAAAAUAAUGCUGAGUAUCCUAAUGGACAAACUAUUUGAAAUGAAAUUAUCUGAAAUUAUAUUGACAGAUCAUGAACAAUCUAUACUGUGUAUUGCCAGCGAGUAUCUUCGCACUGAUAACAAAUAUCGAUUAUUUUUACACUGAAAAUGAAUAUAAUGUGCUGCAUAAUGUAGUGCUGUAGUAUUUUAAACCUCAUAUUAGUCAUAACUGCCUGUGUCCAGCAUCUAUACAAGACAAACACUACUUUUUUUUUUUUAUUAUUUUUAUUUUGCUCCAAAAACAUGUUUGUUUGUUUUUUUUUUUUUUUUAAUUUAUAAAAGCAUUUUAAAAAAAACAUACAGAUUUAACACCAUUUAAGACAAACUUUUAGUUUCCAAGAAAAUUGUAUAUGGAGUACGAAAGCCAAUCAGAUUGACAAACUCCUUUACAAUGAAGCAUGAUGGCAAUCCAAACAUGGCAUCUACAAUGCUUUUUUUUUUUUUUUUACGUUCAAAUUUCUACGAAAAAAGUCAAUGUUAGAAUUUGAAUCAACAAUAUGAAAAUGUUAAAGAGAACCAAUCAGGAACAUAUCUUGUGUGUAAAUCACUGUAUUCACUAGCAACAUUGUGUGCAAAGUUACAAAUUUGUAUUAAACUGUAUGUUUCUUUAAUUUUGUAUUCCUAAAUGUGCAUUUUCCUAAUGUAAGCAUUGUCCUGCCUGUGAUGUCCUGCCAAAACCAUUAUCUAGGCUUGAAAACAAAGUAAUGACUGUUUACUUUUAAUGGCAUAUCACCUGAUUGAAAGAUACAAAGUUAUAAAAUGAAUAUUGUUCGGUUCAUUUAGAGAAAAUCUUUUAGAAAUUGUGCACUCCUACACAAGUCAUAGGCUUGCAAAGCAUCAUGGGAAAUCACAACAGCUGGGACACCUCUGUUAUGAAACCUAUGUAAGUAAAGGUCUGAGGAGCUUUUCAUCAGGGCUGUUGAAAGGCACCACCACGUCAGUCAACUACAACUACCAUGAUGCUCUGCCAGACUGUAGUUUAUCCCUUAGUUCCCAUGAAAUAACAGAUAAACCCAAAGUGGUUCCUCUAACUGUACUGAAAUCUUAAAAACUUAUAAGGCCUGAUUAGAUUUGGUGUUUUAGAAAAAUGGUCCCAUAUACUGAAUGAUUGUGGUAUGAAAUAAAAAUGAUAUCACAUGUGGUAAUAAAAUGCACAAGAAACAUAGUGACCAACAGGAGCUGAUUCUCUGACAAACUUACAACAAUGAUUUGCAUACAGGUGCAUGCUUAAACAUAGAAUGCUGAUAACUCGUCCCUCUAUAUUGCACCAUACACCUAGACUUAACAAAAACAAUCACUUACAACCAGAGAGAAGAUUGUGUCUCAAAGCUUUCCCACUGCAUGCAGGUAUUCACUAUACCGAAAAUCAACAAGGGUAUAUACAGGGGAAGCAGUAAGUCCUUUUCUGGUUUAACUAUCCGAAUCUUCUCUAUCUUCAUUUAUAUCAUCCAUGAUGAUAUCAUCCAAAUCCCAUUGUGUUAGGCUUCCUUGACUCAGGCAGGUAGCCACAGUCGACCCUGUACUGAAAUGGGGUUCACUGCCAAGCAACACUUUGCAGAGAUUGUUCCUGGCCCGGCUCCUUGGGUGAACACAAAAUAGGCCAAUAACAUGAGGUUCUGUUUGGAAACAGUGAAGAAAAACAUUAUUUGUUCAGCUCUAAUUUUACCUGGUAAUUUAUUGUUGUCUACAUCAGUGUUCUGCAACCUUUUAACACCCGCGGCCUUACGAAAAGAGGAGAAAUAUUUUGCGGGCUGGCGUCAGCCAGAGAUAAAAACCAAUGGUAGGUGUGAGGGAUGCAGUGUGUGUGUGGGGUGGGGGGGUGUAGUGUGUGUGUGUGUGUGUGAGGGGUGUAGUGUAUGUGUGUGAGAGGUGCAGUGUGUGUGUGACGGGUGUAGUGUGUGUGUAUGGGAGGGCAGUGUGUGUAUGGGGGCAGUGUGUGUGAGGGGUAUAGUGUGAGUAUGGGAGGGCAGUGUGUGUGUGGGUAUGGGAACAAUGUGUGUAUGGGAGGGCAGUGUGUGUUUGGGGGGCAAUGUGUGUGGGUUUGCAGUGUGUGUGGGGGGGGGGAGGGCAGUGUGUGUGUAUGGGGGAGAAUUAUUGUGGAUCUAUGGGGUUGGAGGGUAGAUUAAUAAUUAUUUUUUUUAUUAAAAAUAUAUAUAUUUUGAUAUCCACCCUCCCUGCUUACCAUUUCCUGGGAGGGGGUGUGGUGACAUUCUGUCAUCAAACUAAUAUGGUGACCAGGGGCCAUGUGACCAAGCUCAUGUAUGCCUUUCUUACAGGGGGACAAGCUUUACCCUUUGAUAUGGUAAUUGGGUAAUUCAAUACCUUUACAAGUCAGGAGAGCGAUAACCACCUCCCCCUAUCUCCAUGCCUCUCUGUUCCUUCUUGGCUGUGCUGCAGAGCAGAUGUGAAGACACCGUGUGCUAGCAUGGUGAACCAUGUUACACUCUGUUGCUUCCUUUUCUUCCUUGGUGGAUGUGAUGUUGAACUUGCAGCAGUGAGACAUUACUAGAUGUGAAGGCCUAACCGUGGGUGAGAUCAAACGUGUGGGGUAGGGGAUUACUAUAUAGAUACUAUAUAGAUAGAUAGAUUAAAAAGGGUUGUUGCUCCGUGGGUCUGGGCUGUGUGUUUGUGAUAAAUGUAUAGUAUUGUGUUGUUGCCUUCUAAUAAAUACCUUUUAAUAUAGACGAACCUUGUGUAAUAUAUGUAUAAAUAUGUAUAUUAAUUUGGCGAUUUACCACAGGGGGGACAGUACAAGGCAAUCCCUGAUGGUCCAAGUGGUAAGAAUGAACUCCAGUAGCUCAGGCUAGAGUUCAUUUUUGCAAGAUUCGGAGCAUUAUUCAUAUGAUCAUAGCACCGGGGAAAUAUUUCACGGCAAUUGUGUGCCUCACUCUGUAGCAGUAUAGUCGAGAGAAAGCUUUCGUGGACCGGCAAUACAUUCUUGCCGUGACGGCCGUGGACCACCCGUUGAUGCCACACCCACAGAUCUCAUUCUUUCAAGAGUACCACCUUCAUCUGAUCUCACUCCAUUACAAACCAUUUUGUACUAUCCAUCAGUUGUCUAAUUUUUUUGUACUUCCUGUUUUCUUUGUUCUUUACUCCACCAGUCUGUUUUCCCUCUUACUCUCAUUGUCAGACGUUUUUAGUCCUUCACUUUAUCUCUUUUAUGAAUUUCCUGUCCCUUCAACCUUUUUUACAUAUCCAUUCUCCUCUUCUUUCCAACCCCCGUACUGUCUCUCUUUUGCACUCAUAAUUAAUCUUUCUUUCAAGUUUAUGCCUGUUCUCUCCCGGUCUACCCAGCCAAUACGUUCUCCUCCCAUCUGCCCUUUUGAAACUUGUGCAAAAGUAUAAAAGUCACUGGUGGAAUUCAACAGCUGAUUAAUUUGGAUUUCCAUUGUGAAUCUCUCACUUUUAGAACUUUGGACCACUUUUGGGUUCAUCAGUCUGCUCACCUUUUAUCCACCACUGUUAUCUUUCCUAACCCUGGCAUGCUGCCAAUUGGUGAUCCUGUUCUCCUGUUUCUUUUUAUCAUAUGUCCCUUCAAGUCCUCUAUCUCCUGGUUAUUUGAUUCCAUCUAUUUCCAGCCCCUCCAUUUCUCACCCUUGCGGUUGUAACAAUCCACAGCGUAGCAGCUGUGCUGGUUGCGAGAUCGAGGACCAGUGUUCCUGCGUGGAGGAAGAAUACGGCUGGGCAUGGUGGCACUGCUACAGUUAUAACACGGAGAGGCCACCCCAAACUGCGCGUGUCCUCUGCCAGAGAGUGGAAAAAUCGAAAAUUGUGAGAUUCAUGCUACAUGACACAGUACAAAAUUUAAUUUGGGCAGAUAUAGAAAACGUUCUGUAAAAAUGCUAGGUAUUCUGCACGUCCUGGGCGUCGGAUGAUACAAAUUCAACAUCCACAGCAUAUAUAAUAUUGCAUUUUUAGAUUCAUAAACACAGGCACACAGAUGUUGAAACACAAAUACAGAAAAAUUCCAAAAAUUAAUAUGGUUAUAGACAAAUAAAGAGUGCAGUCAUCCAUGCAUACAGAUGCAUGCACAAACACAUUCUCACACACAUGCACACACCUGCACACAUGCAUGCUUUUAGAAAAUUGAGCAGCAAACACAUGCAAAUAAUUAAAUAAAGAGAUAUGCAUGAGUAUACACACACAUACACACAAAGCAGCAUAUAUAUAUAUAAAAAUAUAUAUCAUGAAAUUUAAAAGACACAAACAAUUAAGUUUUUGAACAUUACAGUAUAUUUGAAGCAUCAGCUAAGCACUCUUAGCCAAUGAGCACGGCCCUGUAUAGGGCAAUUCUAAGAUAAGGGAAGACAUUCUAGUUCUAAUGCAGACGUCUGUAGUGGUUAUGCCUUGUGGAGUGACCCUUUAACAUCCAAGAGUGCUGGCCUGUUCCACGGCAGGCAAAGUUAUUUGGAAAGAACAUCCUUAGAUUAGCUUAACAAGACUAAUUGAUAUAUCUUACGUUACAAUUGUUUGUUAUGGUUUCUCUUGCUCCAUCAUUAUAAUGUUUAAUUUAAAGGACCACUCUAGGCACCCAGACCACUUCAGCUUAAUGAAGUGGUCUGGGUGCCAGGUCCUUCUAGGGUUAAC